CAGCUAAGCUGCACAGUCGACAUGGCAAGAAAAUAUCGCAACAAUUUUCUGAAAAUGGAUGAAAAUCUUCCAAGUCUUUUGGAAUGAUAUUCAUCACGCGAUGUGAUCCAAAAUCCACAAUGUGUGAGGACAUUUAAGAACGAUUGAGUUCGGAAGAAAAAAAAUCUUGAUUCCAGUGGAAUCUUCCAUAUAUAUAUUAUUAUUAUUAUAUUUUUUUUCUCUGUGUAAAAGUUACAUAUAUUUACACACACUCAUCCCAUCAACAUAUAACCAUGCCAGUGCAAGCACCACAAUGGACAGAGUUCCUGCUGUGCCCAAUCUGCACACAGACAUUUGAGGAGACUGUUCGCAGGCCCAUCAGUUUGGGCUGUGGACACACUGUCUGCAAGAUGUGCCUGAACAAGUUGCACCGUAAGGCCUGUCCCUUUGACCAGACAGCCAUCAGCACAGACAUUGAGCAGCUACCCGUCAACACAGCCCUGUUGCAGCUGGUAGGAGGCCAGGUUCCCAAGGCUCAGCCAGUUGCCUUGAUUACCAGUCCCGAGGACUCGCAGCAUUAUGAGGAGGCCAGGCAGUGUGUGGAGGAGCUGGCCCUCUACCUCAAACCCCUCAGCAACACCCGAGGCGUGGGUCUGAGCAGCACGGCCCAGAGCAUACUGAGUCGACCCAUGCAGAGGAAACUGGUAACUCUGGUCCACUGCCAACUGGUGGAAGAGGAAGGCCGCGUUAGAGCCAUGAGAGCUGCCCGCUCUCUGGGUGAGCGAACUGUCACUGAACUCAUCUUGCAGCACCAGAAUCCACAGCAGCUCUCCUCCAAUCUGUGGGCUGCUGUCCGUGCACGAGGAUGUCAGUUUCUCGGCCCAGCCAUGCAGGAGGAAGCUCUAAAGUUGGUUCUUCUUGCUCUAGAGGAUGGCUCUGCUCUUUCCAGGAAGGUGUUAGUUCUCUUUGUAGUCCAGAGGCUUGAGCCACGCUUCCCACAGGCCUCUAAAACUAGCAUAGGUCAUGUGGUGCAGCUCCUCUACAGGGCCUCCUGCUUCAAGGUGACCAAACGUGAUGAAGAUUCAUCCCUGAUGCAGCUGAAAGAGGAGUUUCGCACUUACGAGGCUCUGCGGCGCGAGCAUGACUCUCAGAUUGUUCAGAUUGCCAUGGAGGGAGGGCUGCGUAUCGCACCUGACCAGUGGUCUUCUCUGUUAUAUGGAGAUCAGUCUCACAAGUCACAUAUGCAGUCUAUCAUAGAUAAGCUGCAGACCCCGGCGUCUUUUGCUCAGAGUGUCCAGGAGCUGACGAUUGCGCUGCAGAGGACCGGUGACCCAGCCAACCUCAACAGACUGCGGCCCCACCUGGAACUACUGGCCAACAUUGAUCCCAGUCCUGAUGCCCCGCCUCCUACAUGGGAGCAGCUUGAGAAGGGGUUGGUAGCAGUGAAGACAGUGGUGCAUGGCCUGGUGGACUUCAUCCAGAACCACAGCAAGAAAGGAGCUGAUCCUCAACAACCUCCUCAGCACAGCAAGUACAAGACAUACAUGUGUCGUGACAUGAAGCAGAAAGGAGGCUGUCCUCGUGGAGCCAGCUGUACCUUUGCUCACUCUCAGGAAGAACUGGAGAAGUAUCGUAAAAUGAACAAGCGUCUGGCAGCUCGCCUCCCUGGCCCAGGAGGGCUCAUGCCAGAUGAGGGCCUUCCUCUUGAUGUAGCAGUGACCCGGAAGCCUUCACCCCUCCCCAAUGGCAGUGUUGCACCCUCUUUGCCCCAGCUCAUUGCUCGCGGCACAGACACAGUCCCAUAUGAACUGUUGCGUAAACCCGUCAAGAUGGAUGGAGGGAGUCCCAGUGCCCCAGGAUCACCACCUGAUGUCCUGGACUCUGUACCCAAACCUGGUAUGCCUCUGCCACCUCAUGCCAUGGCCCAUCCAAGGAUGCCAGCCGACCACCUCUCUGGGGUGAAGCACAUGCCUGUGGUACCUAGAAGUUCUCCAGUGUACCCCCAGCCGCAGCUUCCUGAGAUGUGCUAUGACACUCGCCCACCACCUUCUGCUUCUCAGUAUGAGCCCCCGCAGUAUGCCACAGGGUACCCCUACCAGCAGCCACCACAGUAUGUUCCUCGGGAUUACAUUCGUAACCCACCUCCCCCAAGUGAGUCAGGACCCCCUUACCAGGACCCCUACCCUGGCUAUGGCCCUCCAGAGCGCCCGUAUCAGGCUCCUCACUCUGGCCCAACCUUCUCCUACCCUCACCCUCCACACUAUGACCGAGGUCGCCAUGGAACCUACACUGGCCCACCACCUCCCCCACAGCCUUACCCAUCUCAGAGGGAUAACCUAGUCAGAAUGAGCCCUGCCCCUCUGGAUGUUCCCCCGCCAUCAGCAGCACAGGCUAACUCACUGUACCACCCAGAGCCCAGUGCCCGGGAUAGGUACCCACCAGAUGGCUACUAUCCACCAGGUGCCCAGGCGCCACCCAUGAGGGCUUAUGUCAGGGGGCCAUCAUAUAGUGGUCCACAGGCCAGCCUGGACUAUCUGCACCGACGUCGGCAGGAGCUGUUAUCCCAGCUGGAGGAAAGGAAGGUCAUCUCUCCUCCACCAUUCGCUGCCUCCCCCACUCUUUCUCAUCCCUUCCCCAGCGACUACCCUCCAGAGUAUGGUGAGGAGAACUCCAAAACCAUUGUGAAAUGCAGAGAGCCUGACUAUGCAGGGCAAUACUCUCCCUGGUCUUGUGAAACCAUUGGCUCCUACAUUGGCACAAAGGAUGCCAAACCCAAAGAUGUUAUGGUUCCUGGUAGCAUGGAGAUGAUGAAUGUGGAGGCUAAGGGUCUGAGGGAACCAUCGCUGGAUGCUCCUCGGAGGGGUGCAGAAGUCAAGGACGAUGACCCCAUUAUCCCGUUUGGCCCCCAGCCCACUGUAUCACGUUUUGGUGCCAUCUCCCGCACCUCAAAAACAGGCUACCAGACCACCGGCCCAGUGCAGGCUAUGGCCUCCACUCCCCAGAACCCAAAUUCUAAACAUAUGGCCAUGCCAGCAGAAUACACAUAUGGAAGCCAUGGAGGAUGGGGUGGAGCUUCAUACCCCUCCCACCAGACUGCCGCCUCCUCUCAGGGACACUUUAGUGAGCGCCUACCUAUGGCAGCCCCAGACAGAGAACAGUUAAAAAUUGAGCUGCAACAGGUCAACCAGCAGAUCACCCAACAGACCCAGAUGCACAGCAUGGAGGCUGCCAGUAACUCUUUACUGCUGCAGAGGGAAGCCAGUGCAUUGGCAGGUCAGCCUGGACAGCCCAGCCAGGGCCAGGCAGCAGCAGCAGCAGCAGCAGUGCAGCAGCAGCAACAGCCCAAGUGGCCAGCAGGGGGAGCAAGUGCAACAGCUGUCUCCAGUGAACAGCUAAGCCUGGAGCUCCACCAGGUGGAGAGAGAGAUCGGCAAGAGGACCCGUGAGAUGGCUAUGGAAAACCAAGUAGCGCACGAUGUUCAGCAGUACAAGAUGAAACCUGCAGAGAAUGGACAACCAGAGCACAAGACUCAGCUGGAAGAAAUCUCCCUGGCUCUUGGCGAGGUGUCAAACGGCUCCAGCAGUCUGCAAGAAAGUGCAGUGGGCGGGUCCAUGCUGUCACUGACCAAUAAGACAUCUGCGUUGAGCCUGUGUUCUGACCCAGGUGCCACUGGUUCAGAGAUGCAGAAGAAUGGCGUCGUCCAUUCCUGCUCUUAGGCAGUACACACACACACACACACACACACACACACACACACACACACACACACACACACACACACACUCAAGAUGCUCGAUUGAAAAGCAUGCACAGGCACACAUACACCCAUUCUAUUUAGAAGAUGAGCAGUAUCUGCCGUGAUAUGAAUUUUCUUUCUUUUUGUUCUGUGAAUGAGCUUUUUUUAAUGACUUUCCUUGCCUGGAAACCAGGGCAUAUGAUAACAUUUCUUGUGUGCGUUUCGUUAUUUCAUUUUUUUUCUUUUGUACUGGGAUAAUAGAUUAACAAGGUUCGCAGUAGAUGUACCAGGAAGAGAAAAUGGUGGUGAUAUUGACAGUUUAUUUGUAGCUUCAUUCAGAAUGAAUAGACCUAUUCCAUCCUUCAUAAACACAAAACAUAGUCAAGUAUUUGAUUGAUUUUUCCCAUAUAAGAUUUUUGGUUGAGUUGUCCUAGCAUACAUGUAAAUGAACGGUUAGAUACAGAGGAGCAGAUCACCAUCACAUCACAUGCGCUCUGAAGAACUUCUCUUGUUACAAUCUGAUGAUGUGCGAAGGUAUUGUAGGAAACAGCAGGGUUGUGUUGCUUGCUACUCACCCCCAGAAUCGUAAAAAAAAAAAAGUGGUUGCCCAGAUCUAGAUGGUCUGAGGAGGGAAAAGCAGCACAAUGUUCCACCAGUAUUCAGCAAAUAUGGAGAUGCAAAUUGUUUUUAGACAUCACUUUUGCACCACGUGCACUUCCUCACCUGCCAUGUGAAGUAUGAUUUUUUUUUUUUUUAUUAGUGCAUUUUAUGAACUCAUCAUAUGUCUGUUUCGUACUUGAAAGCAGUAUAUUCUAUAUUUAAUUGAAGCAUUCUGUUUUAAAGAUUGCAACAAGUCUUUUUGAUAAGGAGCUUUCCACAAGUUUUCUAUAAGGGAAUCUACUAGUGCUUCUCUUGGUUAUGAUGUGACCUGACGUGGUUUGGUUACAAUGCCUUUCGCCAGUGCUCCAAAGAGCUGCAUUCAGCCUUGGCCGAUUAUGUUGUGACAUUUGUCACAGCAUGCUCAAAAAUAGCUGUUUUUUUUUUGUUUGUUUUGUGGUGAAUGCACAUGAUCUGGCUUUUGAGAAUACAUCUUUCUGCUUCAGGAGUCAUGAGAAUGAGUGUCAGCUUGACUUUAUAAUGUCAGGGUAACUGAAUAAGGAUUUCCCUCCUCAGAGCUUCUCAUCUGGCCACACAAAAGGCCUCCCCAUUGGGAUUAUCUUGUCAUUUGUUCUCCUAACUUCUAUGAAGUUGCCUUCCCUUGUGUCUUUUUGUUGAAUUUUGUUUAAUUUUUUCAUGCUUUACGUUGUUACGAUUUUGGGGGGGGUGGGGGUGGGGGGUUGAAGCUUACCGAGUGAAGGCACCUAGUUUAAUUGGAUUCACGUCUUUCUCUCUGUCAUGAAAUGUUUGAAUUUGGAGUAAAACCCAGACUUACCAUUUGUACUCUCAGAAAAGUGACUGACUGUUUAGUGUUUUUAGCUAGACAGUACAUUUGAAAUCAUGUUUACAGCUGAGGAUAAUAGUUGUUGGUUAUUGAAGUGUAAACAGAAUCUCCUUUAGAUCUGAUCAGUUUUAUUGUAAUAAGUAUAUUCAAGCAUCUUCACUGGUGAGUAGCACAAUCUUCUGUUCAAUUUAUCACAUUUUUCUCUCUAUAACUUGCUGUCAUCAUCACCACCAUUAUAGCUAUUAUUGCUCUUCAUCAUGACAACCACUUUUCACUGAGUAUUGUCCUCUUUUCAAUUUUAACUAUCUCGACAUUGCAAAUGAGGAAAACCUCAAUGAUCUUCGAGGCUUCAAAAAAUAAAUGAAAUCAUGUAAAUUGUUUACUGCUGAUGCUCAACAUGGAGCUCUUUGCCUUCUGUAAACAAUUAGCAUGAUUGACAACAGUUUUACAGCUCUGCUGAGAGUAAGUGAGCCUUUUCGCUUGAACGGUUGAAGGAUAGAGGAGACGCUCUGGGUCAAGUCGUUUUAGUUUAAUGUUGAGCCUCUAUUAUGGUCAGACGAGGGGUACUGAGAAACUGACAGAGUUUGACAAAUCCCUGAUAACUGAUGAGUCAAUGGAAUAGAGACACAAAUGUUUUUGUGUCUGUCAUCGUCAUCUGGGUUGCUUGAUGGGCAUCUCUUCCAAUUUGUUAGCCCCUUGAUAGCGGAUGUUUGGGAUUUUCUUUUUUUUUUUUUUCUUUUCUUUUUUCAGUUUUUCCAACCACACUUCAAAGCCUCUGGUUUUUCUCGCUACAUUUAUUGUUUAGGUACACAGCUCACUUAUACAUAUAAGUAUGUAUACAUACAUUAAUAUACUAAAGCACUAUUAACGUGCCACCUCUUAUUCUACUCGCUCAGCAUUUAUAUUAAAUGAUCUCUACUUAGACUCAGCAAACUUUUAUUUUCUUUUUGUUGUUUGAUUUGUUUUCUGUCCACUGGUUGCCAACACAGACUUUAUCCUUUCCCAGACGAAGGACUUCUGUGCGCAUUGAUGUGUGUUCACUUAAUCGUUUGUGUUCAAACAAAGAUGUUCUUUAUAGACUAUGCUUCCAAAGAAGACAAAAUUCUGUAACUUUGGAAAAUUUAUGGAGAAGUUUUGUGUGUGCUAGAUUGUAUUGUAGAAAAUGUACCCUGACUUAAGUUUUUUUUCCCCUCAAAGUGUGCUGUACUGGGUGAUAGUGUUGAGGUAUUAGAAAAGUGUUGGGGUUUUUUCCCACCCCCCACCCCCAAGGAUGUUCAGGAAGUCUCUAAUGAAAGGUUGGCCUUAAAUCCUCUUGCAAUGCUCCUUUACCUUGUCUGCUUUUAGGAGCAUGAGAUGACCUCAGAAAUUACUAACACUGAAUUGGCAUGAUUUAGAGUCAUAUUGAUGGACUCUAGCAGACCCACCCCCCCUUUGGAAAAUGUCAUACAAACAACAACAAUUCAAUAACCCAAAUCUCAAGGUUUUCAUCAAAAUGUGUAAUUUUAUGUUUUUUCUAUGGAAAUGUUGUUGACCUAGCUGGGUUUGUAGUUCUUUUUUCUUUCUUUUUUUUUGUUUGUUUCUGCAAUAGUUGAGUGAAUUUACUGACCUGCAAGUCUUACAGUCUUGAAUGCAUCAUCUGACCUGAUGUGUAGUCAACAGCGAGUGAGAUACAAGAGUAUUUGAGUGACAGUCACACACAAGUUUUGUUCCUCUUUGACAGCUAUUCACACAAAAUUGGCAACCCAGCUUAAUUCUGCUGUUAUAAAUCGCAAGAAGUAUAAUGACUUCUGAAAAGAUAAAAUGCGGUUUGGCAAUGAAUUGGCAACAUUUAAUGGUGUUAAUUCAAUAUGAUGUUUCUCAUUCUCUCUUCAGUGCAAGUCAACCAAAACUAUCACAAUGCUGAUUCUACCUGAUAGGUCUAUGCAGGUCUGAAUGAGCCUAAAAUGCCUUUAGCUUAGCAGAACUGACACACAAUGACUUACGGGGUGGUUUACUAUAUAAUAAGUAGCAAAAAUGUUAAUUUCAAUCUCCUGUGUGUUUUUGUUUCUGAGUGGAACUGCUGCCUCUAGCCCUCGUUUACAUAACCAGUUAACCCCUCCACUCCCACCCUUGACCACUGAACUCUGUUACUGCUGUUUGAGGCUCACAUUUUAUUCCCUGACUUUCUGGGGAAAUUCGCAAAUGGCUUUUUUAUAUAAUUACUCCCUUGUAAAAUAUCUCUUAAAUUAAGGUACAGGUUUGAUUUCAGCAAGAAAAAAGAAGUUUUUAUAUGUAUAUUAUACUCCAUUAAGGAAUGUCUAGAAUUAUCUUCCUCCAAUGUGGAUGUAGCCAUUAUUACGCCAUUUUAUGACUUUGUAAGAGAAUUCACUGUGUGAAAAUUGGUUUGCAUUUUUGUAUAAUACAAUCUGCUUUUUUUUUUUUGUUUGAUACGAGACAGAGGUCAAACUGGAAGUUUGAAGAGAAAAAAAAAAUGAAAUGAACCUGUGAAAUUGAGAAAACAAAAUGUAACUUAUGUACAACAGUGAUUCUAAGCUGAGGGGGAAAGAUUAAAUGAUAUUGCUAACUCUGAA